AUGGUUCUCUCAUUCAUCUUGGUUCAGAACCGACAGGGCAAAACGCGCCUUGCAAAAUGGUAUGCGCCGUACAGCGAUGAGGAGAAAGUCAAGCUGAAAGGCGAGGUCCAUCGCCUGGUAGCACCAAGAGAUCAGAAGUAUCAGUCCAACUUUGUCGAGUUCAAGCGGAGUACGAAAGUCGUUUACCGGAGAUAUGCGGGAUUGUUCUUUUGCGCCUGUGUCGAUGCCACCGAUAAUGAACUGGCGUAUCUCGAGGCCAUACAUUUCUUCGUCGAAGUUCUAGAUCAGUUCUUCGGGAAUGUGUGCGAGCUAGAUCUAGUGUUUAAUUUCUACAAGGUGUACGCGAUUCUAGACGAAGUGUUUCUGGCAGGCGAAAUUGAAGAGACGAGCAAGCAGGUCGUAUUGACGAGGCUGGAGCAUUUGGACAAACUGGAGUGA